UUCGAGAGCGUCGAGAGCAUGUGCGGCUGGUGCGGCGCACCGGAGUGCGACUGGCUGCGCUAUGGUGGCGAGCUCGAGGAGGCAGGAAAGCGUCUGCAGGGCAAGCUGGCGAGAAAGAGGCACCGCAACCGUGCUAUCCGCAUAUCGCUGCGUCGAUUGUAUCUCUAUGCUAAAAACGGAAACAUGAAGGGGGACGCCCCAGCAUGCAUCACUCGACGCCUCAACCAACUUUGGCCGGAC